UAGGAGCAUCAUAAGACAACACUAAGUCGAGACGAAAAAGAUCAUCGGAAUGAAGUGUACAUAUAGCAAGGGACUGCUGUGGUUGUUGUUUUACGUCUGUGCAGCUGUUCAUGGCGAUUGUAAUAAAGGAAUUACAAAGAUAUUGAUCAAAGACCAACUUAAAACUUUGGAGAAGUCGGUUAACAUGGUGGUAGAUGCCAGUUCCGGCUGCAACUCAAAGCUGGAGACGUCUGUAGCAUUCCACGCUGAAAUUGGCUCUAACAGAAUUUACAAAGGCGGUUCAGUCUGGGUCUUUGACAAAGUUGUCACCAACUUAGGGAAUGCGUACAAUCCGGCGACGGGGAAGUUCACCACGCCAGGUAAAGGUGUCUAUCUGUUCAACUGGUACACUCUUAGUGGUCCUGGUAGCGUGUCACAUGCAGGAUUAUACGUAAAUGGGAAAAUGAAAGGAAGGCAGGCCUCCAAUAACAAAGGUGAAGGAACCAGGAAUAUUACUGCUGGUAGCAGCAUCGUCCUAGCACUGGAGAAGGGAGAUUUAGUAUACGUUAUGGAUGCUCAUGGGAGUACGUCCUCAGUCAUUGGAACAUGGACAGCCUUUGGGGGUAUACAACUGAGCUGACAUCGGUUUAAAUCUUCAGAUCCUUUAAUAAAGGUUUAUCUAACU